AUGAUAACGUUUUCUUCCAUCAGAGUUCCCGGCAUCAGCGCGGUGCCGCAUGAAGACAACCUCCGAUACUUCGAUGUUGAAAUCCAUGGUCCUGCCCAGUCUCCAUACGAAGGCGGUAUCUUCAAGCUCGAGCUUUUCCUCCCAGACGACUACCCGAUGACGCCGCCAAAGAUCCGCUUCCUUACAAAGAUCUUCCACCCCAACGUCGACAAACUGGGCCGCAUCUGCUUGGACGUGCUGAAGAAUAAUUGGUCCCCCGCCUUGCAAAUCCGAACCAUCCUCCUCUCCAUCCAAGCCCUCCUCGGCGCCCCAAACCCCGACGACCCUCUCGCCGCCGACGUUGCCAAGAGUUGGAAAGAGGAUGAGAAAGCAGCCAUCGCGACUGCCCAGGAGUGGACUAGGCAGUAUGCGCAGUCAUAG